AUGGCUGUGAGGGCUACGACUGUUAGUGCGGUUGGUAGGAUCUCACUCACACAUAUCGAAGUACUUUCUGAUGACAAGCCAAAGUUGGUAGUACCAACUCACCCGUUACUUGGUUUCGGUAAAUACCAGCUAAUAAGUAGGUAUCAAAUGGGCGACAAUGGUGGAAGGCAUAGGAUAUUUGUUAAGUCUUAA